UUCCUGUUCCUCUACUGCCCCCAUGAUUCCCACCUCUGUCCUCCCGCUUCCAGUCAGGUCACUGGCAGGCCUCAAAAUGUUCACUGAGCUGGAAGAGCUGGUCGUCGACAACAAUCUGCUUGGAAAUGACCUCCAGUUGCCCAGGUUACCCAACCUCCACACCCUGACACUCAAUAAGAACCAACUGACUGAUAUCGAGGCCCUGCUGGAACACUUGGCUGAUGUGACCCCGUCACUCGAGUACCUAAGCCUGCUGGGAAACGAGGCUUGCCCCAACCAGCUGGUCAGCCCGGAUAAGGACGAGGACGACUACCAGAGAUACAGGUACUUUGUUCUGUACAAGUUGCCCCAGCUGAAGUUUCUGGACACCAGGAAAGUAACCGGAAAAGAAGUGAUAGAGGCGCAGGCGAGAGGAGCGUUCAUGAAAGUGGUCAAACCCAAGUCAGAAGCUCCACUUAAUGAGGCUGGAUCUGAAAGUCACCCACUGCCCUAUACCCCUCUACCCCGAGGACCCACAGAUGCCAGGACCCAUAAAGGUAAGAAAAAAUGGAAAGACCUUUGGUCUGUAUAACCUUUUCAGUCAGGUGAAUUCUGUGUACAUCUGUACAGAUAUUCUUCAAAUAAACAAGAAGCAGCAUUAAAUAUUAGAAUGCAUUCAGAACCUAGGCCCAUGGAUUAUGUAAAUAUGAGUCGUAACCCUACCGACUGCAGAGAGUGGGAAUCUAUUGAACUUGAGUCGAAGUUAUGUUAUCCUUCUUAUUGAUCCCAUCUCAUCUGUGUGAUGUGUUGAUAGUGGGAAUAAAUCUGAGUAAUCUAGGUUAACUCUGAUCUGAACGUAUGCGUGGGAGCACACAGUACAUAUACAAGAUGAAGCAUCCUUGAUGUGUUGUUACAAGACAUUGAUUGGGCCUCACAUUGACCCAGUGUAGUCAGUUGGUGUAAUUAUGGAGCAACUUCUUAACAUCAAAUGCUGCACUCUCAGAACAAUGCAUCACAUUCAUUAAAGGAAAUUAAAUGUUAUAAAUUAACAGUGAAGGUCACUUACUGCAUUUGUAGCAGAUUCUCAGCUCAGAUUUUAGUUAAAAAAAAGUCGUGAAGCUGAAUUCUAUCAGAAAACUGUUCCCACAUGUCAAAAUUAACAAUAAAAUAAAAUGAAUUUGUCUUCAUUUAAGAUGAUUUGCUUCAUGCUAAACGUGGAUAUUUAGAUUUGAAUC